AUGUCGGCGCACGCCUUUGGAAAAGAAUGGAAGUCUUCCCAAUUUGGAGUAGGCUUUCGAAUCCACGAUGGCAAGAAGGCGAUCUUGAGGGCUGCAGCAGGACAUGGCGCCUCCUUCCUCGCGCUGCCGCUGCUACUGCUUCUCGUGGUGUCGGCCGAAGCCCGAUCUGCGGCGGCGGCCGGGCGGCGGAAAGGGGAAGGGACUCGGUACAGCGUCAUGGCUUUCCACGCCGCCGGGGACGGCAAGACGGAUGAUUCCAAGGCGUUCGAGGAGACGUGGGACUCGGCAUGCAGAGACAGCGGCGGGGCGACGGUGUACGUCCCUGAAGGAAGGACCUUCCUGCUGGGAGAGACCAAGUUGCAGGGACCCUGCAAGUCGCCGAUCACCAUGCAGGUGGACGGGGACAUCGUGGCGCCAAGCUCCAUCUGGGGCCUAAAGUCGUUAACAAGCCUCCUGGCCUUCUACAGGGUGGACAACCUGACGGUGGACGGCAGCGGGCAGAUCGACGGCCGAGGCGCGCCGUGGUGGGACUGCUACAACAAGAAGAAAUGCCAUUACCGGCCACAGCUGGUGUCAUUCUCGUUCUGCAACGGUCUACGGGUGACCAACAUACGCCUCAAGGACAGCGCCGACAAGCACAUGAGCGUGUUCGAGUGCAGCCAGGUGCAGGUGCACAACGUCACCGUCGUGGCGCCCCGCGACAGCCCCAACACGGACGGGAUCACCAUGGGGGCCUCCGACCAUGUCCGCAUCUCCUCUUGCAACAUCCACAGCGGUGAUGAUUGCGUGUCGAUUCUAACGGGCACCACCGAUGUCAACGUCACUGACGUCAUGUGUGGGCCCGGCCAUGGCAUCAGUGUGGGAAGCCUUGGAGGUGCCGGUGAAAAACAAACGAUGGUGGAAAGAAUUACAGUAUCCAACUGCAACUUCUUUAAUACGAUGACCGGUGUCAGGAUCAAAUCGUGGCAGGGAGGGCGAGGCAAAGCGAACACGUUCCUUUUCACGGACCUCAACAUGACUGAAGUACGGUAUCCUAUCUACAUCGACCAGUUCUAUUGCCCCCAGGGAAACUGUCCAGAACGGGAAGGUGGUGUGGCCAUAACGGACGCAAGAUUCAUCAACAUCCGGGGGACGUCCUCGGAGCAAGAGGCCAUCCAGAUCCUGUGCAGCAAAAGCGUGCCAUGCCACGGGAUUUUUCUCCACAACGUGGACCUCUCUUGGGCCAACCACACGGCCCCAACAAAAGCCAAAAUCCUAAAUGCCCAAGGAAGAGUCGCGGGCAAGGUGAAGCCACAAGUACGCUUCCGUGGCCUCUGA